AAGUGCCAUCUAUUAAGAUACGGAUAUUGCAGAUAAUAGUCAAUUAUUUCGUUGAUGUGGGAUACAAGUUAUAUUCAAACAAAUCUUCUUCAAUGGAAUUACUUACAUGAGUUUUAAUAUAUAUGUAUAUAUAUAGAUAAUAUCAUAGCAUGCUAUUACGUAAUGUGAACCAAUCAAGGUUAAUUUGUCAAUGUUUUGCAUCUAGUCAAGCUGAUAGUUUGAGACUUCAGUUUAUUGUAGAGAAAAUCUUGAGAGAAGAAUCAUAUGUUGUUAGUAGUUAGUAAAAAUUAAUUUCAUUCCAUUUAAAUAUCGAAAUAUAUAUAGGUGUAUUUGCAAUGUCGACUAAACAUUUGACAUCUUUAUCUAAAGAAACAUUUCAAAGCUUUUUGAAUUCCAUUGACGUUGUUUUAUCUGAUUGCGAUGGUGUUUUGUGGAGAGAAAAUGAGGUUGUACCAGGAUCACCUGAAGUUGUAAAUAAAUUUAAAGAAUUGGGGAAACAAUUUUUUUAUAUAACCAAUAAUAAUACAAGAACGAGACCUGAAUUUGUGGAAAAAUGUAAAAAACUUGGUUUUGAAGCAACCAUAGAUAAGAUAGUAUGUACGUCAUUUUUAGCAGCAAUAUAUCUUAAAGAAAAACAAUUUAAUAAAAAGGCUUACAUAGUUGGAAGUCUUGCAAUUGGCAAAGAAUUGGAAGAAGUAAAUAUUAAGCAUCUUGGUGUCGGACCUGAUGUUAUGGAAGGAGAUGAAUUGGAUUUAGUAAAGAAUUUUAAACCAGAUCCAGAUGUAGGCGCUGUGAUUGUUGGUUUUGAUAAGUAUUUCAGCUAUCCUAAACUGUUGAAAGCUACUACUUACUUAGCAGAUCCUAAUGUUCAUUUCAUCGGAACUAAUUGCGAUACGGAUAGACCUUCUCCAAAUACAAAUAAAUUUCCAGGUAGCGGUUGUUUUAUAAGAACUAUCGAAGAAGCUAGCAAUAGAUCUGCUAUAAUGAUUGGCAAACCAGAGACAUUCUUAAGAGAAUAUAUUAUAAAAACAUAUAACUUAAAUCCUGAAAGGACAUUAAUGAUUGGUGAUAAUCUUAAAACUGAUAUUCUUCUUGGAAAACGUUGUGGUUUCAAGACAUUACUUGUAUUAUCAGGCGUGACCACAAAAUCUGAUAUAGAAUCUCUCAUAGAAUUGGAUCAAGUAAAAGAUGAUCUUGUGGUACCUGAUUAUUAUACUGAUCAAUUGUCAGAUGUAAUUAGUCUUUUAUCCAAUAAUUGAAAAUAACUGUUCGAUUAGAAACAGUUAAUAUUAAUUUCUAAUAAUUUAUGAUCAAGUUACAUGUUUUAUAUAUAUAUAUAUGUUGUUAACAUGUAUAGGUAUGUUUAUUUUGUUUACAUCUUUCAUUAUAAUUCCAUCAUAUGUGUAUUGUUUUUUGUAACUGAUUUUUCUUUUCGUUAUAUAUUAGUAAAGUUAUAUCGUAAAAGAAAUAUUAUGUCAGUAUUAGUAGAAACAAACUAAGAUGUUUACUCGUCCAAUGGCGCACAAAUAGAUGUAAACAAUUUUUAUUAUUAUCGUUAAAUAAAAUAAUCUUGUAUUUUUUUUCUUUUUUUUUC